AUGUCAGAAAUACACGCCAAUAAUUCAACAAGCGAGCGAACAUCUUCACUCAGUCACCUCUCCAUGGCCAUUUAUCAAGUGAAGAAUGGAUAUCGUGGGCCCCCUCCCGACAGGGAGAGCUGCGACAACGGACCCCAGUUCACGGGAAAGAAAAUCGUUGAAUUCUUCGGGAAAUGGCACAAUAAGAGGAUACUUUCAAACCCUUAUCACCCAGCGGGCAACAGGCAGGCAGAAUCCUCUAACAAGUCUAUAUUAAAUAUCAUGAAGAAAAAACUUGAAGAAGCCAAGGGAUUGUGGCUGGAAAUACUCCCAGAAGUAUUAUGGGCAUUCAGAACCACCCUGAAGAUGAGCACAGGAGAGACACCCUAUUCUCUGGUCUACGGAAAAAAAAUAGUUACACCAAUCGAGGUCAGAGAGCCCAACUUAAGGUACUCACAUGAAAGCGGCACCAGCAAUGAUGAGAGUAGAAGGCGAGAGCUUGAUGAGAUCGGCGAACGAAGAGACAUGGUGUACAUAAGGAUGCUCUCCCAAAAGCAGUAA